AUGCCCUCAGGCAAGAGCCGCCAGGCGUCUCGCCCCAACAAGGACGUGACGGAAUCCGCCUCGGAGGCCUCAGACGUGCUCUCCAGCACAUCUUUAUCGCUAGCUGGGCAUGAGCUCCCACCUCGUGAGGCCGUAUCUGAAACUCUGGCUCAAUUCAUACAGCUGCGCCGCUUAGACGUGUCCAACAUUCAGGCGUCCGAUGCAUGGCCCCAUGGUUUAAAAGAUCUACUCUGGCUCGCGAAGGCUGUGCGUCAAAGCCGUAAAGUGGGCAAGCGGACGGGUCAGGCCCCUCUGCAUCGUCGACUGACGUGGCUGAAUCUCUCCGGUAAUGCGGCAUUGGGCGACUCGGAUGGCCCCAUCGACGGCCUGGAUCUUCUUCCUGAACUAUGCGUCCUGAACGCAUCGCAUUGCACCCUACGAGCUUUUCCACCCGCUCUUGGUGCAUUAUCGAAUCUCAAGGCGCUUGUGCUAUCCCACAACGCCAUCGCUGCAUUACCAGCGACGUUCCCGCAUAUGCCCGAGCUCAAUACGCUGGUGCUCUCUCAUAAUGACCUGAAAGCCUUGCCCAAGACAAUGCCUGCCUCCGUACCGAACCUGAAGAAGCUGAGCUUAGGGCACAAUGCGCUUUCCUGCGAUGGCAUUCCCGACUUUCAAGUGUGCUCGCAUCUUCGUGAAGUGCGCCUCAAUGGAAACACACAGCUCGGUGUCCUACCGCCCCACAUAGCAGCCUGGGGCCGAGGCGUCGAUGGUGGUGCGCCUGGUCUCGUGUUGCUGGACGUGAGUGAUUGCGGUUUGCAAGACUGGGAUGCUGUCGAGCCCUUACUAGAGCGGCCUACGAACGAUAUAGAGCGGCAUGGGCUUGUGAAUCUCUCCGCCAAGGGAAACCCGAUCGCGGGUGAUAGGAGCUAUUCCUCACGUUUGUGUGAGGCAUUGCCAUCGCUGCGGAUUCUGGACAAUGUGCGACUUCACGCACCCAAAGCGACUCUCAAAGAGCCAGCUGAAACGAUACCCUCGAAGCGCAAGGAAGUAGAGCCUGCACCUGAGCCUGCGCCCCUGCAGGAUGAUGGGCCGAAAAAGGCACGCAAGCGCAGUGGUCGCGGACCCAAAAAGACCAAGAAGACUCCCGAUAUCCCUGCAGCCGAGCCUGAGGCGCCACGACGCAAAAAGAUCCGGCGCAAAAAGACUGCCAAGGCUGUGGAAAUGGAUAUGGACACAGAGAUCCCACCUGCGGCGCCAGUCCGCUCUGCCGCGCCAGAGGAGCCAGAGGACGCGCGUUCGGAGCCAGCACCGUCGGGCGUCGUGCAGGUGGUGCAAGUCAACGAGACGCGAACCAAGCCGGCUGCGUCUGCCGCUGCCUUGCUGGGCAAGCGGCAAGACGAUACUGCGUUACAUGGCUGGUGA